CUACUAUAAAUUAGACAUAUUAGUAGUAGCCUCUUCACUCUUCUCCCUUCACCACAACAAAGAAAGAAAAAAAUAAUAAAAGAGAUCCAAUAUGGCUGGCUUUACAAAAUUAGUUGCAACUAUUCUCCUUCUGUUGACGCUUAUUUUUUCUACUGGGAUGAUAGCAGAGGCGAGGACCUGCGAGUCGCAGAGCCGCCGGUUCAAGGGGUUAUGCUUCAGUAAGAGCAACUGUGGUUCCGUUUGCCAUACGGAGGGGUUUAGCGGUGGCCAUUGCCGUGGAUUCCGUCGCCGUUGUUUCUGCACCAGACACUGUUAAUUA